UGAGGUCAGAUAAACACGAAAAUGGAAGCGGCGAGCUUCAGGACUUAUUUUGUCUGUGGUCUUGGUGCUUUAUUCUUUUGUUUUAUCGGAGGUAUCAUUCUGCUCAAUCUGUCACAUUCCGAUGUGGGGGCUGAUGCAGUUCGAGGCAGACGACCGAAUAUUGUUUACAUUCUAACAGACGAUCAAGAUGUCACACAAGGUGGAAUGACUCCAAUGGUCAAGGCAAGAAAGUUACUUGGUGAUAAUGGAGUCACAUUCCAGAACAUGUUUGUAAAUACACCACUUUGCUGCCCAAGCCGAGCCAGCAUCCUUACGGGUAAAUACAUCCACAACCAUGGAACCAGAAACAACUCAAUAUCAGGCAACUGUAGCAGUCCAGUCUGGCAGCAGAGCCAAGAAGUCAAUGGGUUUGUGACAUAUCUCAAGAAACAGAACUACAAGACGUUCUUUGCGGGAAAAUAUCUGAACCAGUAUGGAAAGAAAAGUGCAGGGGGUGUCCAGCACGUUCCACCAGGAUGGGAUUGGUGGACUGGUUUGGUUGGUAACUCUGUCUACUACAACUACAGGCUUUCAGUCAAUGGCACCAAGGAGAAACAUGGUGGAGUUUAUGAGGAGGAUUACCUGACAGACUUGAUUGGCAAACAAGCCAAAGACUUCCUUCACUUGCAAAACGAAGCAAGUCCAUUCUUCAUGAUGUUAUCCACUCCAGCAUGUCAUGGGCCUUUCACUCAUGCACCACAUUACAGCAAUGAGUUUGAAAACAUCAAACCACCAAGGGGUGGUAGUUAUAACGUUCAUGGCAAGGACAAACACUGGCUCGUCAGAAAUGCUCCUCAUCCAUUAUCAAAAGAGAGUAUCAGUUUCCUGGAGACAGCUUUUGUCAAUAGAUGGCGCACCUUGUUGUCUGUUGAUGACAUGGUUGAAAACGUUGUGAACAUCUUGACAGAGAAGAACCUUAUUGAUAACACGUACAUAUUCCUGACGUCUGACAAUGGAUUCCACAGUGGUCAAUUCAGCUUACCCAAUGACAAGAGGCAACUAUAUGAGUUUGAUAUCAGAGUCCCACUUCUUGUGAGAGGCCCGAACAUAUCGCCAAACACUAUAAAGAAGCAACCUGCAUUGAACAUCGAUCUUGCUCCUACGUUUAUCGAACUUGCUGGACUACUACCGCCCAGUCAGAUGGAUGGAGUCUCCUUGGUUCCUCUGCUGUUUCAAGACGCUUUCCAUGCAGAAAACAUGAAAUGGCCAAGAGAUACAAUGCUCAUUGAACACUUCGGUGAAUUUCAAGACCAAGUGGCCGGUUGUCCUCAGUUCAACCACCAGCAAGUAACUAACUGCCACCCGGACUGUGUGUGUGAGGACUCCCGGAAUAACACCUACGCCUGCAUACGGACAGUCAAUGAGAGCGAAAACACCAUCUUCUGUGAGAUGAAAGAUUCAGAGGCCUUCAUGGAAUAUUAUGACCUGACAGCAGACCCCUACCAGUUGAAGAACAUCGCUUACUCUGCAGAGCCUUCAAUCAUCAGACAGAAACAAUACUUGUUACAGAAGAUGACGAGAUGUUCUGGGCAAUCUUGUGUGCGACCCUCCGGACUGUAUGAGUACACUGAAAGAUAAAGUCAGUUGGACAAACCACAAGUGCCCAACACUCCAAUGCAAGACUAUGUGUUGUCUAUGGUUUAGAAGGGUUAUGCACUGGUUUUAGUUUUACAUAGCUUUUGCAUAGCUUUUCUGAUAUUUUCUGAAAAUGUUGUCCAUAACUAGGGGUAAUGUUUUUUGAGUACCCAGUUCAGAUUAAAAAAGAACCUGGCGCAUUUGUUUGUUUAAUAGUUUAUUCGAAAACUUCAUAUGAUGUAAAACUACCAUUUUUUUGGUCUGGAAGGACAUGCAUCCAUGUGCAAAUGUGCAAAGCUUAAAACUUCCAACCCAGCUGGUCUAUAAUCUACCAAAAGUUUGUCUUAAUCGCGAGCAUCUGUGUCACUCCAAAAUACUUUAAAAUCAAAUUCUUCCUUGCUUUGGUAGUAAAUUCUUAGAUAGGUUCCAUAUUGCUCAAGUGACAUUUUGUGAGUUCUUCCACAGGAUUAUCAAAGUUCUGCUUCCUAUAAAAAAAUACAGAUUUUUUACUUUAAAUUUGGACUUGAUGGGCAGAUCAAGUGUAUUGUGCCAUUGCCAAUUAUGUAAUAUGCUCAUUAUUUAAAUAAUAAUGACGAUAAGUAUUUAUCACAUUGGUGGAGCUGUAUUGUAGUAAACCUGGUGAAAAGUUAUUGAUUUUAACAUAUUUUCAUCAAAUGAGGUCAAAAGAUUUAUCCAUGUUGCUGGAUAUCUUUAUUGUAAAUGAGCACACUCUAAUCACCUACAUUAUGAUACUAGUGUGGUCUUUCAUUCAAAGCAUGUAUUUCUGAAUGGCCCCUUCGUUAGCAUAAAAAAGAAAACACAAAACAGUCGUCGCUAAAUUUCAUUCCCCAGGAUCUUCCCUCCUUUUUGCAACAAAAUCUUAAACACAACAGAAUCUAAUGAAUUCCUGAGGUUACAGUAGUUUUACUUCCUUAGCUUAAUGUUGUGAUAGAUACCUGUUUUAGGGUUUUUAUAUUUGAACAAUGGAAUUGUUAUCUGUGAUAUUGUAUAUAUCUUUAUAUCAUGUAUUAUGGUAUGGUUCAAAUUAUUGAGAAUUGUAUAUAUUUGCUCUCAUAUCUUUAUUUUGAGCUUGAGGUUGAAUUUUCAGCUCCAGUCUCCCAUCUCAGAUACACAGCAAACCAAACUUGUAUCCCAGCAUGAAAAUGUAGGCCUACUCUCAAUGCACAUAGGUCAUGACAUGAUGUCUACACAAGUUUUGAAUGCAGCAUAUUUUGCAGUUUUGAGGAGCGUUUGUGGUCAUUGUGAAGUUUACUUACAAUGGAUUAGAGGUUGGCUGCAGGAGCUGAUAGAUAAUUUGAGGUGCGUCCAGUCAAAUAUAGGAAAGAAUAUAGAAAUGAGAGCGGAAUAACGAUUUCUCACAAGAUCUUGAACAAUACUUUAUAUUGUCUGUAUCAUAUUGGAUAGCGUCACUUAUGCAUUUGUUAUCAUGCUAUGAGCUUCAUGCACUUCUGCACUAAGAUAUGCACAUCUUGUGUACUGGUUAUGGGUAAUUGUUCUGCUAGGAAUAUAAUGUUUUCUUUAAUUUUUUUGGUAUAUUUCAUUGAUUUUGUGUCCAACACAACCCUGCAUUCUGCAAACUUACCACCAAUUAGGACACAGAAUAUUUGGGAAAUGACCAGCUUUGGGUGUCUGAACAGUGUCCAUUAUUGGAAACUGCAAAUGGCAUCGAUGCAAGUUUUAAAAAGGCUUUUCUCCUGAUUUUGGCUUCUCUGAGCUUAUGGAAUGUAUCCACUUCUGUGUUCGGUUUGGCUAAGGUCAGUAAUGCAAAUUGAUGUCAUUUGUGGUAAAUUGGUGUGGCAGAGUCGUUCUCUUUCAUGGACAGCUAGUGUGGUAUCACUGCAAUGUUUUGUUGUAAAACCGAGCCAUGCAUGCUUUUGGAGAAGAUAAUCCUGCACAAUGGUUUUGAUUUUUCACAUUUUAUGUACUGAAUUGUAUAUUUGUGAAUCUAUGCAUAAUAACACAAGGCUACAGAAUUACGUCUGGACUGAUUAAUGUGAUUUGUUAAAUAUUGAAAAAUUAUCUUAGAAAAAUUUCCUUCCAAUAAUUUAUACUAUGCAUAUUUUGUUGUUAAAAGCUGAAAAAAAGGAUCUAAAUUUUAAUUUUUUGCAGCAUGUUGACUCAUGUUGUAAUUCAGGUAAUUCACUUUCUGUCCAAGUAAUUUUUUUAAUCAGGAUUUAGGGGGCCAGAACUAGAGACGUGAUAGUGUAUGAUAUAAGACAAUUUUUUUUGGUCCAUUUUGAGGAGAUGGAAUGUAACUGGAAAAGUAUAGAAAUUUGUCCUUGGUGGUAUGAAUUGAAAUAUGACAACUUUGUACACUCAAUUUGGUUCUGACCCCUUCAGAUGUUCAUUCAGGUUGUAGCAAUAAUGUAGGUCAGAUAUGAAAAUACAUAAAUAAAUACAAAUAUACUGAGUAUGUGUCACAAUCUGAUAUUUCAUAUUCAUAUAUUCAUGUCUUUAGAAAAUAAUGUUAGUUGAUUUAAAAUAUUAUGAAAUACAACCUGUAAAUGUUAAUUGAGGGGCAGGUCUGUGGGGGUUCUUGACUUUUAAUGAGAUAAAAUUUGGAACUGAUAUGUGAUUCGUUCUAAUGUAUUGGGUGGGUGCAAGUAAAUGUGUAGUGUUACAAAAUGCUAAAAAUGUGCUUUUCGGAAGUGUAAAAAUGUAUGCAUGGGGAGGGGAGGGAGGGGGGGA